GUAUGUAUGCUUGUUAUCAUAUAUUGUCAAAUAGGUCAAAAGAUUAAUACGUAGUGUACGUUUAGUGCUUGUGUUUUGGUAGAGUUAGGUUGGCGGAAAGGAGUUGGUUAGAUGAAAGCCAAAGCUUAACUUCACAACUCUAUACUAUAGAACUAUAAACAAUUUUAGUCUAGGUUAUCCCAAGUCGCGAGUAUAAAUUUCGUGAUAUCAUCUCAUCAUGGCUCUUGUAAAAAAAGAUUACCUAGUUGAAAUUAAAUCAACAUUCAAGCAAGUGUCGACGAACAAAUCGAAAAACUAAUAUUUUCAUACACCCAAAAGUCACGAUGCGUCUAUCACUCUUAGCAAUCCUCACCUGCAUCGCAGGCCUAACAACACCCUCACCCCUUUCCCCACCGUCAAACAACAACACCACCACGCAAGAACUCAAAGGCAUGAUUCCCGUGACAUCCAUCGAAUGCACAGCCUCCGACCUAGAACCCGACGCAACACGCAAAGCGCGCGCCGAACUCGUCAAAUGGGGAGAAGAUCACAUGGUACCCCCGAAAUGCCUCCGUCGAGCCGAAGUCAGGGACACGGUCUGGUACGUCUGCAACUGCAAACUGACGUACGCGGACCCUUUGCCCAAAGACGAGCUACAGAAAGCCGAGGAACUUCUGUUUAAGAAGUGCGGCCCGUUUCGCAGCGGCGCGGUCUGGAGCCGUGAGUGGGAUAAGAUGUAUAAGAUCCUGCCUACCGAGGUUGUCGCGAAUGUGACGUUCCCGGCGGAGAUGUGUCCCCCGGGAUGUGUCUUUCAAGAAUGCUAGAUAGGACUCCAAAAAGCUGCGCCGUAUCGCCGAGUUAGGCGGAGAAGGGAAGGACGGUCGAUUAAGAUGGAAGGUCUGGUUUUGGAGACGAUGGACAGGAUGGGAUUACGUAUUCUUGUCCUGAAGUUUUGCUUUUCUUUUCAAUAUUAUGUGAAAAAGGGGGUGGUCGCACAACAGGAAGAACUGGGAAUAUCCUUGGAUAUGGAGUGCUACAAGACGGGUGACGGGCGACGGGCGCGGGUAUCGUACAUCGAAUCCUUCACCGAGAGGCUUAGUGUCAACAGCUUUACCGGGAAGUCGGUUUGGCGUAACGUCUCACAAAAGUACUUGGAUACCUCUACAUGAUACUUAGUAGGAAAAUAUAAUUCGACAUUAUACGUGCCAAUACGUCGGGUAGUGCCGAGCGAAAAAUGGCACCUUUUGGGUUGGUAAGAGUCUGCGAGGGCGAGAAGGGCCGUG